UUGCUUUCCUUUUCUCUUUCUAUCUUUUAUAUACCCUCCCAUUUUCUCCCUCUCUCUUUUAUAUAUACUUUCUUUUCUCUUUCUCUCUAUUUUAUGAUAACCACAUCCUUUCUCCUCCUGUCUCUCUUUAUCUCCCUUUCCUUUUCUCUUUCUAUCUUUUAUAUAUCCUCCCAUUUUCUCCUCUCUCUCUUUUAUAUAUCCUUUUUUCUCUUUCUAUUUUUAUAUACAUCCUUUCUCCUCCUGUCUCUCUUUUCUUGCUUUCCUUUUCUCUUUCUAUCUUUUAUGAUAACCACUCCCAUUUUCUCCCUCUCUCUCUUUUCCACUUACUUUCCUUUUCUCUUUCUAUCUUUUAUGAUAAUAUAUCCUUUCUCCUCCUGUCUCUUUUUACUUGCUUUUCCUUUUCUCUUUCUAUCUUUUAUGAUAACCACUCCCAUUUUCUCCCUCUCUCUCUUUUCCACUUACUUUCCUUUUCUCUUUCUAUCUUUUAUGAUAACCACAUAUAUUUCUCCUCUGUCUCUCUUUUGCACUUGCUUUCCUUUUCUCUUUCUAUCUUUUAUGAUAACCACUCCCAUUUUCUCCCUCUCUCUCUUUUCCACUUACUUUCCUUUUCUCUUUCUAUCUUUUAUGAUAACCACAUCCUUUCUCCUCCUGUCUCUCUUUUGCACUUGCUUUCCUUUUCUCUUUCUAUCUUUUAUGAUAACCACUCCCAUUUUCUCCCUCUCUCUCUUAUAUACUUUCCUUUUUCUCUUUCUAUCUUUUAUGAUAACCAUCCUUUCUCCUCUGUCUCUCUUUUAUAUUUCCUUUUCUCUUUCUAUCUUUUAUAUAAUACUCCCAUUUUCUCCCUCUCUCUCUUUUCCACUUACUUUCCUUUUCUCUUUCUCUACCUUUUAUGAUACCACAUCCUUUCUCCUCGUGUCUCUCUUUUACUUGCUUUCCUUUUCUCUUUCUAUCUUUUAUGAUACUCUCAUUUCUCCCUCUCUCUUUUACUUACUUUCCUUUUCUCUUUCUAUCUUUUAUAUAACCACUCUCCUUUCUCCUCCUGUCUCUAUAUUUUUAUCCCUCUCUUGCUUUCUUUUCUCUUUCUAUCUUUUAUGA